UUGGGAGACAGACAUGACCUAUGAGGCUGAAAUGGAGCAAAUUGUCUCUACCGCACUGACUCUGCAAGAUGACUACAUCAAAUUCACUCCAAAAAACCAAAACAUGGCCUGCCACGCUGAAAUUAUUGGGAUAUUCCAUGAUAUUCAUCCAACUGUGGAAAUUAAGGAACCCCACCAGGAUAAAUCUGUCCUACAAGAGACUCUGGUAGAACUUUACUCUGUUUUGGGAAUUCCACAGGAGCCUCAGGUCAGCAAAACCAUGAAGUUUGAAGAACCAGAACAACAUAAAGAAUCAUCAUCUACUGUCACAAGAUCUGACCCCCUAGUCAACAGUCUGCAGUCAACAGGACUGAAAAGGCCAUUUUGUGAAGAUGAACAUAGAGAACUUAAGAAACCACUGAUUCAGGCAGAGGACAUUGCUCCAGCCACCAGCACCAGAUCUAGGAAGAGAACCAUUUAUUCAAAGGAACAAACCAACUUUCUCCAGAACCAAUUUGAUCUCAACCCUUAUCCAGACUUUGUGAACAGAUGCCGUAUUGCAAAGAUAACCGGCAUUCCUGAGCCCAGGAUACAGGUUUGGUUUCAGAACAGAAGAGCCAGACAUCUGCCAAGAGCAACCACUUUCCACUCUCCCCAGGGAAGGAAAUCCCCAACUUCAGAAGGACCUAGAUCUUUCCUCAGUAGAGAAGCACAUUACCCAGAUGAGUGGGGUCAAGCUCCGAACCCUUCAAAUACACAGCCCUACCCAAACUGACUUCUAAAAUCACCACACUGACUUGUACUUCAGUAGACUUUUAGUUUUUUAAGGUGGUUUCCAAUAUCUCAUUCAACUGGCUUGAAAAAUUGACCUCUUGGGAGAAGACUUUGAAUGCAAGCAACGUU